AUUGAUAAUCAAAAGUACUCAAUUAGAGUAUCAGUCCUUAACCAUUUCAUAAUCUGUUAAAAUAUAACUUUGAUAAUCUUAAAAUAUAUACAUUUCGUUGUUUUGUACCGUCGCCUAUAUGUACUAUUCAAGAUAACUAUUUAAAAUGCUAUUAAGCUCUGAUAUAGUAAACAGUACAUGUACAUGAGCGAAUAAAGUUCAUUCAACCUAAGUAAAGAUGCUAGACUUUUUUAGGCAAGAACAAAGUAUUGAAUUCACUGGGCCCUUCCCAGUCAGAAUUAACAGUACCAAUACACGUCUUAAGGAUUUUGUGAACUUUAUCGCCCAUAAAGUGAACAUUAGGAGUAUAUUCACACCUGAUCAAUUGGACAGACACACAAAGUAUAUUGAAAAGAAGGUGAAUGAAAUCUGUAUGAAUAUCAGUAAAAAACGAAAAGAAAUUAAGAUUAAGGAAAUCAGAAGACGAGGGAGCUAUUAUGAUGAGUCAAAGAUUCUUUUCCCAGAUGAAUACGACUUUUUACCUAUUUUGACAUUGACUGGAUGCCAAAUGGUUGAAGUAGAAAGUUUAUCAGAUGAUCAAAAGAUAUGUGCAAAACAAGGAUAUCGAAAAAUUAAGGUCAACGAGCCUGAUAUCUUAAGGCAUUCACCAGGAUGUAUCAAAGAAAUCGGAAUAGGAAAAGCACGAUUAACCAGCAAGUUUAUUCAAGAACUUAAAACAUCUGUCAGAGAUGCUCUGGAUGAAAUUGAAGAUGUUAAAUUCAUCGGAGAGAAAGAUCAUGAAAAAAAUUCUAAUUCCUCAGACCCCUUGAACACUGUUAGCAUUCAUCGUAACUUGCAUGGGCCAAGCAUUUGGAUCAGAAUUGGUGGACCAUUAUGUAUGACUGAUAUUGACUUGUGCUUUUGUAUAGAGGGACAGGAGUCAAACUUAGGACCAUGUGUACUGGUAAAGAGCAAAUUAGAUCACUGCCCAUAUUGUAAGAGUGAGAAUGACCAUUGGAUUGAAACACCCAUUAAUCCCCCUGAGCAAUAUAUGCUGACUCCGGACCAUCAGAAACUUCUCCUAACUUUGAAAUAUAUCUCACAUUUUGAAAAGAAGAUGUUCAAACGAGAACUUUUAAGUACAUCUUCAUCGUACUACCUCAAGGCGCUUCUCGUGGAUCACCAAAAGAAUUGCCAGUCAGAAAAUGUAGGGGAGUGUUUUGAUGCUGUUACCAAAUAUACCUUUCGUUUAGAUAAUGAUACUAGCGAUUCAUUGUCUAAUGAUAUCCACGUUCGAUGUGAAUCACGCUUCGUACCUGACAUUUUUCACCAAAAGGAGGUAAAAUGUGGGACCUCAUAUUUUCAUAUCGUCCUGUUGUGGUUUCUGAGAAGGAUAAAGGAGUAUGAUGAUACCACCUGGUGGCCACAAUUAGACCAGGCUCUACCUAAUAGUUAUUCCAUUUGGGAAAAUGAGACAUUGCCCGCAAUGAAAAUGGCGCAUGCCAAUAUUCCAGAUACAUCGAUGUCUACAUUAGCAGUUGAUAUUGCUAUCAAACUUAAUAUUUCUAAUCUGGUAUUACUGAUUCUUGGUGCAUCUAACCUUGAAAAUGAUUCUUUAUCAAGAAUGUUAAUGAUAGCUUUAUGUAUCUGGUUUAUGUGCACCCAACUUAAACAUCUCUCUCAUAGUCUUGACCAUCAGCCUAGAAAAUACUUCUUGACCCAUCUGGUAGCAGUUGUCCUUGUGGGAUUCAUAGCAUAUCUAGUGUAUUUUGAAAUUGUGACAGAAUCUCAAUU